AUUAUCGUUCAAACUCAACCAAAAUCCUCUGACCGUUAUGUUAUUCAAUGUUAUGGAGUAUCUCAAAAUCCAGAAACAAAAGAUUAUAUAUUUAUUAUGCCUUAUAUGCAACAUGGAAGUUUGCGCGAAUAUUUAUCCAAGAAUUUUAAUAGCAUUAGUUGGAUAGACUGGGGAGAAAGCGGAAUAUCGAAA